CAACAUUCAUCAUCAUCACAAAAGCGUCGGCCGCGAUUGCUGCAGCAGAGAGAGAGAGGAGAGCGUUGAAAUGGGUCCUACACGUGAGGCACGUAACCAUGGAUUGGGCAUUGAUAAAGGGGCAUGUGUGUCCCUAGCAAAGAUAUGGUUGUCCUCUUCAAUCUCAAUUCAACCUUUCUCCAAUCUCCACCUCCACUAUCAAAUUGAAAGCAACGCCUCCAAUAAAUGACUGAGCUUGCGGCGCCGCCGUCGUUUCGGCCCGCCCUUAUACCUGGCGGAUUGUCUCGUUUCUACUCGGUGAGGCCAACUCUCAAAUGCCAAUACACUGUUGCUAAACAGCUGAGGCUGUUGAAGAUACAAGCUCAAAUCACCAAUCCAUCUACUUACUCUUCCAGAAUUUCGACUGACGUCCCUCUCUCUGAAAUUCCUGGGGCUUCGUUUGAUGAUUAUUUGGAAGAUAAGCCCAGGGUUUUUAAGGCCAUCUUUCCAGAUAAGCGUAGGAGCCACCAAAUCAAUGAGGAAGAGUGGAGGGUACAGAUGCUACCAAUAGAAUUCCUAUUUCUGACCGUGUCACCAGUAGUCGACAUGAGACUAAGAUGUAAAUCUAGUGGGAUUGGGUACCCACCCGGAGUUCCUUGCGAUAUUUCAAAAGUUAUUGAUCUUGAAAUUGUUAGGUGUGAGCUGCAGGGGCUAGAUGACAUGAUCAAGCCGUCCCAGUUCUCCCUUAGUGUGAAAGGGGUUCUCUAUCCGGACAGACGUGGACCAAGAAGCAGGCUUAAAGGCCAACUGCAGAUGAGCAUAAGCUUCGACCUACCUCCGAUGCUUUCAUUGGUUCCUGAGGACAUCAGACGAGAUGUUGCAGAGUCGGUUUUGAAGAGAUUGGUGGGGAACAUGAAAGAUAAAGUAAAUGACAACUUGACUGCAGACUAUAGUCAAUUCAAGAGGGAAAGACCAAAGGCUUUUGCUUGAUGAGACUGGACAAGUUUGAGGAGUCCAGAAUUACUUGUAAUAAGUCCAUGGUAUUUUGUAAAUAAAUUUGUCUUAAUCAAGACUACACAUACUCUAAUGAAAAUGCUCAUAUUUUUUGUGUUUUGAAA